GGAAGAUCACGGAUAGAGCAUCUGUGAAAGUCUGAAGCAAUUCAACGGUUUACCUACUCUCAUGUACUCAAGAACAUGAGGCCGUGGAUUUGCAUUUUAAUUCUCGACGUUCUUCUCACGCUCUAUGCAGCUUCCGUGUCAGACUACAUUUCAUAUAAGAACUCUUUCUGUUUAUGGUCAAACAGUGAAGAAAGUGAAAUAAAAUGGGAGCURAACAAAGGAUCUGGCUGCUACGCUAUUGUUAACUCCUCCAAAAAUGAUAUUUACAAUGGAAAGGCAAUACUAACUAGUCGUGAGGUUGAAAAGCCAAAAACGAUGUCGUUCCGUUACAUCAUGGAUGGUACUAAUGUAGAGACGCUAGCUGUUACCGUUAAGGCCUUGAKARAAGAAAUUGUUUGGGUCCGAUAUGGCAACCAAGGACGUAACGUUUGGAGGAAGUCAUGCUURUUAUUUGAUUACCGUCAGGGAUAUAAAGUUUCCUUUGAGGCUGUUGUCAGUGCCACAGACAGUUCGAGAAUUGCUUUGGAUGAUAUCAGCUUUUCCGAUAACCUGACGCUUUGCAAAAACCAAGACAAAAGGUUCAACCUUCAACGAAUGCCCAAGAACUCACAAUCAGCAAAUUGCAGCUUUAAUGGAACUACUUGUGGAUGGCGGACAGUCGUGAAUAAGAUGACUGAAGACGGCCUUCUAUGGAUGAAUGGAGAAAAACGACCUGCUUACAAAAAUACCUCAGAACCUGAUCGGCCAUAUAUCUAUACAUCUGCUGGAAAUCGCAGUUCUGAAGGAAAAACRAAAGCCUAUUUGAUAAGUCCACGAUUGUUUGAACCGUUUUGUAUGAGGCUCGUCUUAAACGUAAAGAAUAUUCACAGUAGUGUAGAGGUGGUGCUAUACAGAAUGCAAAAUCCUCGUCUAUUUUACAAUUUAUGGUCGACUAAUGGUAAUGGAAACACAACAAAGAAUCCAGAAAUAAACUUACCAUAUACCCAGUCUUACCAGGUUUUGAUCGUUGGAAAGCCAUCUAUCACUGACAAAGAAGAUAUCCUUUUAUAUGAAGUUACUCUGAUACCUGGUAUUUGUAGCGUUUCAAACAAACCACACCAAGGUAUUAUGCGCGGUGAUUUUCUCUUUCGAGAAGAAAUCCAUUCCUUUAUCCCAUACCAGGCCAAGGAGGAAGGAAUAUAUGCUUGA